UGCGCCGGCUGGAGGGGAGGCUGCCGAGCGAGGGCAGGAGAACUAUUUCCAGGCAUCCAGCCUCCUACCAUGUCUGACCCCAUUACACUGAAUGUUGGGGGGAAGCUCUACACAACCUCACUGGCAACCCUGACCAGUUUCCCUGACUCUAUGCUGGGUGCCAUGUUCAGUGGGAAGAUGCCCACCAAGAGGGACAGCCAGGGUAACUGCUUCAUUGACCGUGAUGGCAAAGUGUUCCGCUAUAUCCUCAACUUCCUGCGGACCUCCCACCUGGAUCUGCCAGAGGACUUCCAGGAGAUGGGUCUGCUCCGCAGGGAAGCUGACUUCUACCAGGUACAGCCCCUGAUCGAGGCCCUGCAGGAAAAGGAGAUAGAACUCUCCAAGGCGGAGAAGAACGCCAUGCUUAACAUCACCCUGAAGCAGCGUGUGCAAACUGUCCACUUCACCGUGCGGGAGGCACCACAGAUCUACAGCCUGUCAUCUUCCAGCAUGGAGGUGUUCAAUGCCAACAUCUUCAGCACAUCCUGCCUCUUCCUCAAACUCCUCGGCUCUAAGCUCUUCUACUGCUCCAAUGGCAAUCUCUCCUCCAUCACCAGCCACUUGCAGGACCCUAACCACCUGACUCUUGACUGGGUGGCCAAUGUGGAAGGCCUUCCAGAGGAAGAGUACACCAAGCAGAACCUCAAAAGGCUGUGGGUGGUCCCUGCCAACAAGCAGAUCAACAGCUUCCAGGUCUUUGUGGAGGAGGUGCUGAAGAUCGCUCUGAGUGAUGGAUUCUGCAUUGACUCUUCCCAUCCACAUGCUCUGGACUUUAUGAACAAUAAGAUCAUUCGGUUAAUCCGCUACAGGUAAAAAGACCCUAGUCAUACUGGGGAAGGAGUUCCCAAGAAACUAAGGCUCUGAGGAGAGUGUCUCGCCAGUGGCACGAGGCGGGGAACUAUACUAAUCUGUAUUAAUUGAGUAGCAGGACCUGAUUUCCCAUGACAGAGUCCACCUUCUGGAAUCCACAUGUCCUCUGAACAGAACCACCUUUUCUCGCCAUUUUGAACUGGCGAUGGGUAGCUUCGUGAUGACCACAAGUCAGAUGAAACAUAUAAAAAGAGCCCACAGGAGGACUCUCUGGCUAGGACAAAGAGCAGCAGUUUUCUUUCCGGCUGGCGCCUACCACUAGUCAGCGCCCUGCUAACCCAUCUCCAGAGAGAGCCCUGGCUGCUGAGGGGUAGGGCGGGAACAAGAGGCUCCUUUUAGUUUCCUAGGCAACAACAUGCACAGCAAAUCAGAUCUCUCCUGCUCUUUGCUCUGAGGAUGUGCCCAGGCUCCAGGACACCUUUACCCAAAGACAGCUGUAUUGGGUGUUUUAAAAUGCAAUUAUGUUCCCAAAAUCCUCUGUGGCUCCACUCAGGGAGAAAGUUGAGCCAUGGCAUGGCCUAGGGGAGUGAGUGUCCAGGCUUAGGCAGGAGGGGGCGCCCCUCCUGAAGAGGCUCCUUGAAGGAUUCUUGGCUUCAGAUGUUGGUUGUUUCCCUACAAAGAUGUGAUGGUAUUGAAGCCAAGAAGAUGGAAGACACUUCAUGAUCCAGCUGUUGCCUGACUUUUAUAGUCCUUGCCCCGUGAAUAGCAGGCAUCACUGACACCAGUCAGUAUAAACCAAUAAUAUGUUAUGAACUCUCAGGGUUGGAAAAUAAUCCGGUAGUUUCUUAGUUCUUCCCCUUCCUCUAGGACACCCCAGGACAUGGUGGUGAGUGCCUCUUCUUGAGUAUCUCCAAGGGAUCCUUUAUGCUGCCUUGCAUACCCCCUGGCGACAGAAUGUUCACUGUCCCCAACGCAGUUCCUGCUAUGGUUGGGCAGUGCUGGCUAUUAGAAAGUUCUUUCCAUAUUGACCCCCAAAUCCGUCCUGUGCUAGGUCUUGUUGUCAGACCUUCCUUUAUACACAUCUGUGCUCUGCUCUGACUAGACACUGCAGAUACCAUUACUCAGAACUGAUUCCCCUUUGCAACCUACCUUUAGCAGAAUCAGCUCCUUUCCAUCCUGGUAAGUCAAACAUCUUUCACAUGGCUUCUCUUUGUUCUCAGCCCCCAGUUCAUCAGCCUUCCCCACCAGCAUGGCUCAGCAUGUUCCUAAUUAUUUCUAGCUAGAAGAAGAUCACUGGCUGAGGAGCUCUAGGGUCUUGGGAAACAGUGUUCAGCAAGCAGGUAUAGGAGUGCUCUGUAAUCCCCGGGCCCUGAGUGUGUCCAGCCCCUGACACUUCUCUUAACAGAGCAGUCUUCCCAGUCGUGCUAUCCAGUCCUAACUACCUACGGGCCGUCCUGGGAUACAAUGAGGACAGCAACUCCAGACACCACUCCCCCUGCGGGCAAGGGGCCCUGUGGACCUCUAAACUGCAGGCUGUGUUUCCUCCUUGGAGUGACUGUAGCAGUGAGAGCCUUGUAGCGCCCCCACCUACCUGGGAAGCACUCCAGACACAACUAGGGAAGCCUAGAACCAGCAUCCACCAGUAGACAGAGCAAAGGGCUUCCAGAGCUACACCCUGGGAGGGGAGAGUUUACAAAGUUAGAGGCAAAGCUUGGUCCUGGGCAAUAAAGGCCUUUCCCUGUAGUGGGACUCUGGAGUCCCUAUGUGGCUGUCUUGAGCCACUGCACCAGGGGUACUCUGGAAAGCUCUUCAGAGAACCCCAUCAGGACAAGCAGAUAGUGAUCAUAUUCAAGGAAGUCAAGGAAGAAACCUCAGAAAUCAACACUGCCCCCCUGCCCUCCCCAUAAAACUUUGCUUUCUCCAUCUUUUUUGGUGCUUCCUAACUCAAUAACUUGACCCUAGGACAAGUACAGAACCUGUUGAGCCACUAACAUACUAUGUGACUAUACAAGUCACUCGCCUCACUGAGCCACCUCCAUUUCUUCAUCUGUGAAAUGGGCAUAUAGUAAUACAUAACCCUACCUACCUCACAGGACUGUUGUGAGGAUCAAACAAAAUAAUGUAUGUGAAAAUAAACAAUAAAUGACAAUCACCUUGUGUCUGCUU